AUGUUUUUCAAAAAAAUCAAAAAUGCAUUCCAAAAUGAACCUCAACAUCCAUUGAUACUUGAAAGUGGAGUUAAUACCCAUUAUAAUGGGUUUAGAACUUGUGUUUAUUAUUCAGAUUGGUCAAUUUAUGAUAGGAAACAUUUCCCAGAAGAUAUUCCAUUAGAGUUGGUAACUAAUAUAUUUUAUGCCUUCUUCAAUGUUGAUCCAAAUAGUGGGAAAGUUGAGUUAAGUGAUCAAUGGGCUGAUACUGAUAUUGAAUUUAAAAGUCCAUAUACUCAUAAAUCAAUUCAUGGAUUAUUGGCUAGAUUUUUCGAAAUCAAACAACAUAAUAGACAAAUUAAAAUUUCAAUGUCAAUUGGUGGUUGGUCAAAUGGUGAUAAUUUUAAAAAAGGUACUAAUUCUGCAUUAAAAUUACAAAAAUUUGUGGAAUCAUCAUUGGAAUUAAUGGUCCAAUAUGGAUUUGAUGGAAUUGACUUAGACUGGGAAUAUCCUGAAACUAAAAAGGAGGCUGGAUUAUUGUUACAAAUCAUGAAACAAUUAAGACUUGGAUUGAGAGAGAUUGAAGAUGAAAGGGGGUUAGAAAGAGAUUCAUACUUGUUGACAAUUGCAUCUCCAGCUUUUGAAGAAAAACUUGAAAAUUUCCAAAUUCAAGCAAUGGAUAAAUAUCUUUCAUUCUGGAAUUUGAUGACUUAUGAUUUUGCUGGUGAAUGGUCUGAAAAGACUGGUUAUCAUUGUAAUUUAUACAAGAAACAUCCAGAUGAACUUUGUGCAGAUGAUUCAGUCAAAUAUUUCUUAUCAAAAGGUAUUGAUCCAAGUAAAUUAACUUUGGGUAUGGCAAAUUAUGGUCGUUCUUUUACAAAGACAAACGGUUACGGACGUCCAUUCAAUGGUGUUGGCACGGGGUCAAGUGAUGAAGCUGGGAUUUGGAACUAUAACAAAUUACCAUUACCUGGUGCCACUGAAGAGUAUGAUCAUGAAUCUGUCAUUGCAUUUAGUUAUGAUUCAAGAAACCAAAUUUUUGUUUCAUAUGAUAAUAUCCAUUCUGUUUUCCAAAAGGCUAAAUAUGUUGUUGAUAAAAGGCUAGGAGGAGGUAUGUGGUGGGAAUCAUGUGGUGAUCGAUACAAUGAUGAGGAAAAAUCAUUAAUUCACAAUUUUGUUCAUGGCUUGGGUGGUAAAGAUAAAUUAGAUUCUUCAAACAAUACAAUUGAAGGAUAUUCUUCGAGUGAGUAUUUGAAACAAAACUUUGGUGAUCAUUUAUAA